AGGAAAAUAUCUGUGUGUCUAGAAGCUUUCCCAAACCUGUUCUGCAGUUACAAAUUAUUUGGUAAUGAGAGAGGAACCCGAGUGGCACUGAUAAAAAAGCAGAUAGCCAUGACUCCUGCACUCGCUUUUGUCUAGUGCUGGCUUGAUGAUGUGCCAUGGAAGAGUUAAUAGUUGAGCUGCGCUUGUUUCUUGAACUUCUGGACCAUGAAUAUCUAACUUCUACUGUCAGGGAGAAGAAGGCGGUAAUAACUAACAUUCUCCUGAGGAUACAGUCAUCAAAAGGUUUAGAAAUAAAAGAACAUGUACAGAAGCAAGAAGUCACCAACAGCUUGCCAGCGCCUCCUCAGAUGCCUCUGCCAGAAAUACCUCAGCAGUGGCUGCCACCAGAUAAUGGGCCCCCACCAUUACCAACAUCUUCCCUUCCUGAAGGGUAUUAUGAAGAGGCAGUGCCACUUAGUCCUGGGAAGGCUCCUGAGUACAUCACUUCCAAUUAUGACUCAGAUGCUAUGAGCAGCUCUUAUGAAUCUUACGACGAAGAGGAGGAGGAUGGAAAGGGGAAGAAAAUGAGACAUCAGUGGCCUUCUGAGGAAGCCUCUAUGGAUCUGGUGAAGGAUGCCAAAAUCUGUGCCUUCCUCCUUAGAAAGAAACGAUUUGGCCAAUGGACCAAACUACUGUGUGUUAUCAAAGAAAACAAACUACUGUGUUACAAAAGUUCCAAGGACCAGCAGCCCCAGAUGGAGCUGCUUCUGAAUGACUGCAGUAUCACAUACAUUCCCAAAGACAGCAAAAAGAAGAAGCAUGAACUGAAAAUCUCGCACCAAGGGGCAGAUGCCCUGGUUCUGGCAGUGCAGAGCAAGGAGCAGGCAGAACAGUGGCUAAAGGUUAUAAAAGAUGUGUGCAGCAACUGUACGGGAGCUGUAGACUCCGAUGGACCAUUGUCUAGUUCUCCAGUACACAAGAUGGAGCUGGAGAAGAAGCUGUCGUUUGAGAGGCCAAGCUCAGAUGGGGAGGGUGCUGUGGAAAAUGGCACCACUACUGUGUGCAAUGGGAAAGAACAAGUGAAGAGGAAAAAAAGUUCAAAAACAGAAGCCAAGGGCACUGUGACUAAAGUAACAGGGAAAAAAAUAACGAAGAUCAUUGGUUUAGGAAAGAAAAAGCCUUCAACAGAUGAGCAGACCUCAUCAGCUGAAGAAGAUGUUCCAACAUGUGGAUAUCUCAAUGUGCUCUCAAAUAACCGUUGGCGUGAGCGCUGGUGCAGAGUGAAAGAUAAUAAACUCAUUUUCCACAAGGACAGGACAGAUCUGAAGACGCACAUUGUUUCUAUCCCUCUCCGUGGCUGUGAAGUCAUCCUGGGGCUGGAUUCGAAGCAUCCUUUGACCUUCCGCCUGCUCCGAAAUGGGCAGGAAGUUGCUGUGCUCGAGGCAUCCUCCUCUGAAGACAUGGGCAGAUGGAUAGGAAUUUUGCUGGCGGAAACGGGGUCGUCAACAGACCCUGGAGCUCUGCACUAUGACUACAUUGACGUGGAAAUGACUGCAAGCGUCAUUCAGGCUGCCAAACAAACCUUCUGUUUCAUGAACAGAAGGGUUAUAUCUACAAAUCCAUAUCGGGGAAGCACUGCCAAUGGCUACGCCUGUCCAAGUGGAAUGGCACUUCAUUAUGAUGAUGUUCCCUGCAUAAAUGGAUCGUUUAAAGGCAAGAAGCCUCCUGCGACUGCUAAUGGGAUUACCGGAAAAGGGAGAACUUUAAAUAACCAGCCAAAAAAAACUGAAUCGGUGUCAUGUGUGAAGCGCACUGCAUCCAAUGCAGAGCAGUACAAAUAUGGCAAGAAUCGUGUGGAGGCAGAUGCAAAGAGGUUACAAAGCAAAGAGGAGGAGCUGCUAAAGAAGAAAGAGGCACUCCGGAAUAGGCUGGCCCAGCUCCGAAAAGAAAGAAAAGAUCUACGCGCUGCCAUUGAAGUCAAUGCUGGCAGGAAGACCCAAGUGAUUCUUGAAGACAAGUUGAAGAAGUUGGAAGAGGAGUGUAAACAGAAGGAGGCUGAACGUGUAAACCUGGAGCUAGAACUUACCGAGGUGAAGGAGAGCCUUAAGAAAGCCUUGGCUGGUGGCAUCACACUGGGCUUGGCUAUCGAGCCCAAAUCAGGAACAUCAAGCCCACAGUCUCCAAUUUUCAAGCACCGAACUUUGGAAAACUCCCCAAUCUCCAGUUGUGAUACCAGUGAUACCGAGUGCUCAAUACCUGUGAACAGUGCAGCAGCUCUAAAGCGACCACCCUCCUCAAAUAAUUCUCCAUGUCGAGGCCAUGUCCUUCGAAAAGCAAAGGAAUGGGAGAUGAAAAAUGGAACAUAAACAUAGCAAAACCACUCACUUCCCAUAAAGGCCUUACCUAUUAUGGACCAAGACAUAGACUGCAAAAGACUCAUCUGAAAGGCCGUAUCAAGCGAUACAACAUAAGAGGUUUUAUAAUUUUGUUAAGUUGAUGGUAGCUUGGCGCUAAUUUGCCUGUAUCCCCUCUACUGUAUUGCUGUGUAACUAUGUGUGCCCUUUUUAUUAGCUGUAACUCUAUUUCCGAUGUCACUGGUAAAGAAAAAAUGAAAACCAAGAGAAUCAAACCAACCACGGUAAUUUAAAAGGAGCAGAAAAUCACACUUGAAAGUUCUCUUUGCUAAAACAGCACUGACUGGCGAUGUUAACUGAACACGACUGAAGAUGAGUGCAUUAAGAUUGAUGUGAAAUCAUAACUCGUAGGUUAAAACUGACUUCUGAGGUCUGCCACAGAGGCGGCUGAGCAAAGUGUUGCUCAUUGGCAGUCUCUUUGCAGUUAGCUGUUUGCAUGGCAGAAGAAAACUGAAGAAUGUGUUCACAGAAAUUGCAUGGCUUGCUUGGUCAGGAAGACAGGAGCUCUUCAGUGCUGCUGUCCUCUACGCUGGUGCAAGAUCAUGGGAUGACACGAUUCAGCUGUGAAUCACUUCGUGGAUACUUUUUAGACAGAUGCUUUUGUCAUAGGGAGAUAAAAAGCUGCCAAUCUUUGAAAAACCCCCAUGCAUUUUAGUACAUUCUGAAGUACCAGUCAAAGGUCAUGUUGUUGAACUAUGACUUGUUCCUGAUUUUUUUUUAAAAGGCAAACAGAUAUUUUUUAGAUACUGCUUUUCUAUACUUUUUGAAAAAGAGAAAGCAUUAUUGAAAUGAAUCCUCAACAGAUAACAGCAAUUCAGAAUAGCUUAUGCAGUCAGUCUUGUUUUGUUUUUUUAUAAUAUAGUAUUGUUAAACUUGAGUUAUAGAACACUGCUGUACUUAGUUUCCAUCACUUUUUCAGACCUCAGCUAUUAUUUUUGAGGAAAAUGGACUGAAAAGAUGGUUAUUUCCAGACUCUUUUACACAUGGUUUCACAAAUAAUUGGGGAUUUUUCUCAGAUGGGUGUUCACUUCUGUUUACUAGGAAACAGUGUCUUGUGCUUUAGUCUGUAAAAUGAUAAAAAUCUGUUCUUCGUCUCCAUCCAUGUCACUCCUGAGAACUUAAAUGCGGUAAAUUGCCAACUAAAAUCCUUCAAAAUCUCAAGAUUGGCUUUAAAAAUCAGGAGAGAGAGAGGGAAAAACACAUAUAAUUAGUUGGGUUCUUUUAAUUUUUCCUCUGUGGGUUUUUUUUUUAAGCCUUUGGAGAGCCUUUAAUCACAUUCUCAAGAUUUUUCCCUCCUCAACUUUGAGGACUAGAAAAUGACUUUAAUUAAAAAAAUU